UGCGGAAAUGGACAUUGCAUAGUCUUGAGAGAGAUAAAAUGUGAAUAUCGGGAUUCUCUUGAACUUGUCCCAGCCAAAAAUGGGCAUCUCAAUGACUUUUCUUUGUUCAAGUGGAUUUACGGGAAGGCUCUUGCGUCGCUCUUUUAUGGAAACUUUCCACUCGACAUUGAUUGAAUUGGGAGACAAAUGUUCUGUCUAGAAACGCAAUUUGGAUGACAAGACUCUAUAUUGUAGUGUAAAAAAUGUAUUGUUCGCACCUUUUUGUUUAUUCCUCUAUGUGUUCUAAUGGUUCUAACGCUUUGAUUAGAAAUUCAUGAAACUGUUUUGAGCUGGAAUGAAAAAGUUCUCACUCUAGGCAAAAUAACAGAAGCGAAAAAAUUAAUUUUCCUAAUUAAAAGAGAGCUCUUGUUGAUGAAAGAUGAUCAGUGAGAAAGCAGGAGGAAGAGAGUAAAAGAACGCAAAUGACGAGAUCUUUCUUCAGACGUCUCUGGAACCUUCUUUGUUCUCGAAGGCACGUCUUAGUCACGACGUCUAGAGGCAUUGUUAUUGCGAAAGGUUGCAAAAUAUUGAAAGAAGUAAUUUAUAGACACCACUGUCGAUGCUUUUCGUGAGGCAAAGACUGCACUGAGAGAAUUCCCCUCCACUUCGAAUGACCCUGCCAGUUAUAUCACAACCAUAGCGUUAUAAGAUAUAGCGAAUUAACCACAGCUCUUUUCCGCUCUCGCAUCUGCAAAUAAUGUUAGUUUGCUCGGAAACUGCGGAAAAGACGGUUCAUUCGGAGAUCAAUCUGUGAUUGUAUCGAAUUUCCUGCAACUUCAGGAUUACCAUCAAACUUGAUCAUCUUCUAAAAAUCCCCCUAAAAAGAGGAAUAGAAAUAGUGUGACAGUGGAAGUUGUUGUGAAAGUGAAAGUAAAUAAACACAAAAUUUCCAGUGGAACAAUUGGAGAAAGAUUACAAAAUAGAGACGAUAAAGAGUCAGUGAGGAAAUAAUCACACUUUCACAACUCAAUGUGGCGUCGUGCCAAAUUAAAUAACUCACGAGACUCAUAGGAUAUUUUGUUUGGGCGUGCAAGAGUAACCCAAAUUCAGAAAUAGACGUCAGUCCUACCGCAUUUUGUGGAUAUAUAAUUGAAUCGGGCAAAAAAAUAGAAGAAAUGCCAGCUGAUUCUGUCUCCAGGAUGGAUUCCUCAGGAUCCGAUGGGAAUAGCAGUGACAACUUCAGCUCCUCUCCCGGAGCUUCGUCGUCCAGAGAGAGGACAGACAGUGAAAGUUCGGACGGACAAAUGCGCUUCGUGCUUCCGGGAUUGCCAGGAAGUGCUCCAAAGGUUCUGACAAUGAACGAAGUGAUGGAUUGUAUGAAGAACAUCCAGAACAUGACACUGGCUCAUGAGAUUGCCAUCAAUCCGGAGUUCAAGCUGCAGCCUUUUGAGCCACCCGAGAAUAGUCUGGAGCGUGUGGUGAAGGACACGGUGCACAGGGCAUUCUGGAAUGUGCUGAGGGAGAAGCUCUCCAGCGAUCCACCGUGCUAUGAUCAUGCCAUUCAGCUGCUGCUGGACAUCAAGGAGAACCUGGAUCACAUCUUUCUCGACAACAAUCGACGCAUCAUGCAGAGAAUUUCCGAAGUGCUCGAUCCAAAGCUCAUUCAGCAGCAGGCUGAACAGGGAGUGCUGGACUUCCGGGCCUAUGCCAAUUUCGUGAUUGACAUCAUGGCCAAGUCCUGUGCACCGGUGCGCGAUGAGCAGAUCGCACAGCUGAGGGAUAUUGAGGACGUGGUGGACGUUUUCCGUGGCAUCAUGGAGGCACUGACAGUGAUGCGUCUGGAUGCGGCCAAUUUCUUCCUUGGCGCGGCUCGUGGGAAGGUGAUUGCCAACUCUGUGGAGUACGAGAAAUUGAAAUUCAAGGACUAUCUCAAGCACUACACUGCUGGUUUUCCCGCCACCGAGGCGUGGCUGAAGAGGAAUUUUGCCGCCUCCACGCCAGCGAGUAGUGACGAAGCUGGUGCAUCCCCGGUGAAAUACACAAUAGCCAAUGCCUAUGUUGAGUUGACAGAUUGGCAGGCGGAGAACGAAUUUCCCGAACUCUUGUCCAUGGACAAGGAGAGAAUUGAGACACUACAGAAGCGCAUAAAUCGAUUGUGUGCCUGCACAACUGUGCUGGCUAUUGCUUCUGGUGUGCCCAUGUUUGCACAGAAUCCUAAUAUGAAGGCGGCUUUCGCCCAGGAGGUAGAAAUUCUGCUGCAAGAUGUGCAGAAUGAGUCUCAGUUGGCGGAUGCCAUGGAGAAUGUGUGGGUGCACAUGAAGAGUGUCAUUGAGAAGCAUCAGAAAGUGUCUCUCGAUCAGGACACCGAUGACACGCUGAAGAAUCAAGUUCUUCAGGCGGCGCAGAAGGAUUCGCUGGUGCGCAAGUUGAUUUGGAAGCGAUUCACCACGUACUUGAGGAUGUGCAUGUACGCCAAAAACAUCCCGCCGACACCUCCAGGCUUCGUGGAGUUUGCCCGAGAGCUGGAGGCUGUGAGUAAUUCCUUCAAGUCCCUCACCUCAUACAACCACGCCGUUUAUGGGGAGUAUUAUCGGGAGAUGAUAUCGAAAUUUGAUGUAAGCUCCUAAGCAGGAUAUAGAGCGA